GAAAGGAUUUAGUUCUGGAGGGCUCGGUUGUCUUCAUGACUAAGUUGCUAUUCAUUUUCUUAUAAAUUGUAAACGUUGUGACCCUCGACAGCUAUUGCUAAGGUAGCACUGCUGCACCAGACCACACAUGCCUCUUGCAGUAAAUUUACAUCGGAUAACAAUCAGGAUUUGACUGAAAAACACGUAUGGAAUGGCAACCUUGACGUAAGGUACAUGUUGCUCUACAAUGGAUUUAAAAUCACUUCUUCAGAGUCAUUUGAAUAAGCAAGAAAAGAAGAAAACGGUAGAUGCUGAAGGAGAGGAUGCAAGUUCUGUAGAAAAAGAUGAAGAAGUUGUUGAUAAACUCUUUGAAAAAUAUUAUUGUGAAUGGAAAGGCACAGCAAAGCAAACAGGUACUCAUACCAGUAGUUUUUCUAUAAUACCAAAGUUUUAUCACAAAUUGCCACCAGAGGAUGAUCAGUUGCUUCAAAAACUGCGUGAGGAGUCUAGAGCUGUCUUUCUUCAGAGGAGGAGCAGAGAACUACUAGAUAAUGAUGAACUUAAGAAUUUAUGGAUGCUCCUUGACAAACACCAGUCACCCCCAAACUUGGGUGGUGAAGAGCAGCUGAUAAACUAUGAAGAUUUCUUAAAGGUUGCUGAACAAGCUGGGCCUAAAUGCAAGCAGUAUUUCCAACCCUCAACAUUCUGUAAGCUUUUGCAGAAUGAUCCAUAUGGAAGAAUAUCCAUCAUGAAUUUCUUCAAUUAUGUUAUGAGAAAAGUAUGGCUUCAUCAGACAAGGAUUGGCCUCUCCCUGUAUGAUGUUACAGGACAGGGUUAUCUACGAGAAUCAGACCUAGAAAAUUACAUCUUGGAAUUGAUUCCAACUCUACCACAGUUAGAUGGCCUUGAAAAGUCUUUCCACUCUUUUUACGUCUGCACAGCUGUCAGGAAAUUCUUCUUCUUCCUUGACCCAAUGCACACUGGGCAGAUUAAAAUUCAAGAUAUCCUAGCAUGUAGCUUCCUGGAUGAUCUUCUUGAACUUCGUGAUGAAGAACUACCAAAAGAUCAACAGCAGAAUAAUUGGUUCUCAGCUCCAUCUGCCCUAAGGGUGUAUGGUGUUUACCUCAAUUUAGACAAAGAUCACAAUGGAAUGUUGUCCAAGGAAGAACUCUCACGAUAUGGCAUGGGAACCCUGACUCCUGUGUUCAUUGACCGUGUCUUCCAGGAGUGCCUUACAUAUGAUGGUGAGAUGGACUACAAAACCUACCUGGACUUUGUUCUAGCUCUUGAAAACCAGAAGGAACCACAAGCUCUGCACUAUUUCUUCAAAAUUCUUGACAUUGAUGGAAAGGGAUACCUAAAUGUGUUUACUCUGAAUUACUUUUUCCGAUCCAUACAAGAACAGAUGCGGCAACACAACCAAGAACCAGUGAACUUUGAAGAUGUGAAAGAUGAAAUAUUUGAUAUGGUGAAGCCAGCAGAUCCCUGUAAAAUAACACUUCAGGAUCUUAUUAACUGUGGCCAAGGAGAUGUUGUCAGCAGCAUCUUAAUUGAUCUCAAUGGGUUUUGGACUUAUGAAAACAGAGAAGUUCUGGUUGCUGACAAUAAUGAGGAACCUGCCCAGAAUUAUGACUUCACCCCCAGACCCAGUGUUUGUCCUUAGAGGAGCUAAUGCUCCAGUCACAUGUGUUACUUUCUUGGAAUAUACUGGACCAGGAAAGAUACAAAGGAUAGCUGCUGGAACACAGGAGGGACAGGUCUUCAUAUGGGAUCUUAAGACAAGCAGUAUUGUGUGCAAAUGGUCAGGUCAUCCAGGAUCAUCAAUUGUAUGGAUACAUAGUCUUGUUCCUGGAAAACUGUGGACACAAGGGAGGCAUGACAACAUCAAGUUAUGGGACAUCACUGCAUUACCACCU